GAUACUGUGGGCGAGCGUGGUCGUGCACCCUGUCGCUAGGGACAUAUUGAAGCCAAAAUACGCUCCCCAAGUGCAAGUAGGAACCAAUUAACCUCCUCUUACCUUUAUUAAGAAACUCCAGUGUGCUCUUAUGGCAAUGCAAUACACAAAAUUGACGGAAAAUCCCUCAAAAUGGGCGAGUGUAUAAAAUGGAAAGGCUAAGUGGUGAAGUGGGCAAACCUGUCACUAUCCCGGGGUCACGCUGAGGCAGGAGCGCCACCACCAUGCACCUACCCACUUCUUCCACCUAACACAAGAGAAUGUUAUGCGUGAGGAUCCUUCCAGACGAUAAAGAUGAGGCACAGCGUUCACCUAGCACUGUUUAUGACCACACUGAACCUUGCCCUGGUCUACAUGACUAAACACAUUUGCAGAUACAACUGCAUUGACCUACCCCAGGAAGAGCUCUCAUCCCAUGUGUCUCAGGGGAUCAUCUCCAACAGGGCGCACUGCAUACACUGCUGCCCACACAGUCUCCUGGGCUUCCCCGUCGACCAGUACCACAACCACUCCUUUAACAUCAGCUGGAAGUUCAAUGGCAAGGAGUUUCUACCAAAGAGGAACGGUAAUUCCUUCAAGGCGCUUCUAGACAAUAUGACCUUAAAGUCGAAGCAUGUAAUGGUAGGGGACGAAGGCGUCUACACCUGCACCGUCAAGGACACCAACGGCACCUCCGUCACCAGGAACAUCAGCCUUUGUGUCAAUGCGAACGAGGAUACAGUUGGUAAUCAAUUCUCUUCGAACGUGUCAAAAGGCGCUUCAGUCCUCCCAGGCGAGAGUGUCACCUUCACCUGCUCAGGCUACACAGGGAGUAUCAGCUGUCAUCUCCCUCAGGAGCAUAACAUUACCUGGACCAAGAAAGCCCUAGAUGGUUCAUGGGUUCCUGUAGGUCUCCUGCGACACGUUCAUACCUCCCAACAUGAGGAUGAGGACGAAAUAAUGAUGAACCACCUGAAGAUCAGUAAAGUCGAGGAGGAUCACUACGGACUCUACCGCUGCACCUUCACCAACCACAACGGUCACUUCAUGGUCAACGGCACACUUCUCAAAGGAGUGGUGGGGAAGAAACUAGUGAUUGGACAGUACAAGGCGGUGGUUUUGGUGGUGACGAUCUUGACGGUGUUCCUGGUGGUGGUCUGCUGCGUCUGUCCCCGCUCCAGGCUUGUCAUCGCUCUCUACUGCAGAGGCAAGAGCGCUCCUUUCCCUCCAGAUGGGUUCCAGUACGACGUGUUGGUGAUUCACGGAGACUCAGCUUCCCGCUGGGUGUGGACGGUGCUGCUGCCAGCGCUGGAGGACGCCUGCGGCUACACCUGCUUCCUUCCGCAGCGAGAUAUGUGUGGCGGCGACAUGAUGAUUGAGGUAAUGGCAGAAGCUGUGUCCAAGUGUCGUCGUGUGGUGGUGGUGGUGACGCCGUGCCUACUGGACAACCCGUGGGCAGCCUGGGCUAUGUUCCACGCCAUAGAUGCAGCCAUCAAAAACUACUCUCGCGUCUUGUCUCUUGUUCUCAAGGACAUCAAGACAGAGGAAGACAUCACUGAUCCUGGUGGUAUCCUGGGCAUCCUGAAAUUAGUGAGGAAGAUCCAUGUUCCUUAUUCGUGUGCCUGGCCGGAAGAAGAUCAGCCCAUCCAGGAAUCUUCUCCCAGGACACGCGAGGAGAAGAAGAAGGAGAAGAAAACUAGCAACGCCACCAAAGACACCAGAAGCACCGUGAGACCUGCCUUAAAGCUGAGGAUUCCUAGAGACGAGACUCAAACUCUUAGGUCAAGAUCCAAGUCUCCGAAGAACCAGCGACUCUUCAACAUGAUCACCGGGAGCAACGAGGCCUCCAAGAAGACACUGGAGGCCGACCAGAAAGAGAAAACGGAGGAAAUCGGAAGUCAUGUCAUGUACACGGACCAGGAAAACCAGGAAGAACCAGGAUCCCCGAGUUCCAUCACGCCGUUCAUCUUGUCCCCCUGCAAGAAAAUACGUAGUGCUGCAGGUCAUUCCACGCUGACUGACUGUAUGAAGAUUCUGUGUUCCGGAGACCAGGAGAAGAUCUUCUGGAAAACAGUUCGCGUUCGUCUCGGUCCUCCCCUACAGCACCGUCUGAGGAACUCUUUAUAGACGACGACUUGACUAGUGAUAAAACACGGGUUUAUUAACAACUUUAGCGAUUAAGAAAAAAAAUUAAGUCACUCUGGAAAUAAUCUUGUGAUACAUAAAAUAUCGAAAAAUUAUGUUAGUUUAAGGCGUAUAACGUGUGAGAGUGAAGAUGUUAGGUGAUUAGUGAUGGGAAUGUCAAGAAAAUGCCCUGGUAAUUACUGAUCUCAUGUGUAGAGUACACGCCUCCAUUACUAUUAUUUUAACAUGGUUCAUCGUUACUGCAGUGUAUUGAGGGAAGAGCCGAGUACCUUGGUGAAGCUGGCGGGUGUUGACUCACUUCUGUUAUUAAAGCGAGUUGUGAGUGUUCAAAGAAGAUCUCUGGAACAAUAGAACCACAAUACUCUCAUGUGUGUGUUUUAAGGAGUUGAACGAAAAAAAUACAAAUACUGUAGUAAACAACACUUAGCGCUCUCCUCGGCCCAGACGGACGGACACUCGUUUUAUAUCUGUCAUGGCGCUUCUUUAAAGUACGAACUUUAACCUGAACUCUGGGUACCAUCUGCUAUUUCUGUAGUGAUAAUAUUGUAUUUAUAAACUUGCCUAUACUUUUGAAGAAGAAAUCUUAAUUUUGUGGAACUUGGGCUUGACGUGAAAACUGAACAAUCGGAAUAAAGGCAACAGUGAUUAUUAAUAUAUAUGAAAAUAAAACGAAUAUAACAAUGUUCUUGUACGUAGUCAUGUUAGAGUGACAACAAAUGUACUGAGAUAUAUCAAACAAGAUUUUUUUUUUUUUUACUUUUUGAAUAAGAAAACAAAAUCACACAUCAUCUUGACAAUGGCAACCCGAUAGAGGAAAAAAUAGACAAAAAAAAUCAUGUUGAUAAAACUCUACAGACUAAGAGACCUCAGGGACACUGUUCAUUGAGAGAACACCUCUACUAGUCAAUAGUUCCAACAAACUAAGACAAAAGUUCCCCCAAGACAAAUGUUUCCUGAACCAGAUUAAAAGUUAUACUGAAUACAAACCACCACAAGGACUUACUCCCACCACGACCUUCAUCAGCGCCACCUACUAACAAAAGGCGCGCACUAAUGACGAAAAUAUCUCUCCCAAAACAGUAAAUUGAAAGAGUAAAAAUCUCAACCUCAACCCUCCAGGACAACGUAUUUUCAAAGAGAGAUAUACAUUAAUAAAACAACUUCAGCACCAGUUGGGAAGUGAAGAAAAAAGUAAUAGAAGACGAACAAUAGUGAACAAAACUUUUGGAAAUUACUUUUUUAGUGUAAAUUAUAAAAGUUUCAAACUAACUUGUUUUCAGGAGUUUUCUCAUUCGGGGAAGAAUAAAAUCUGCUGGAUUAAAAUUCCUCUUAAAACAAAAAAUGAGUUCUUGUUGUUAUCGAAGCCACGUACAGUAUUUUACUGUUGACGGUGAUGUACAGGGAAUGAGCCACGACCACGUUGGGCACUGUGUUAACACUUCAUGGACCGUAUACAGAGUUUGUGUGUGUGUGUGUACUACUCUACAAAGUCAAAGUAUUUAGGUAUUCUUAGACAUUUCCUAGUGACGAGAUUCUCUUGUGAGGUACAGUACAUGUGUAUUAGGUAGAAGACUAAUUUACACACGAGUUCUGAAGAAAAGAAACACUAUAUAAAUAAUACUCAACAAGUAACUAUAGCUGAAUAAACAUUAAGACUCGGCAAUGAGAUACAGAGAGAUACAGACACGACUGUUGGGUAAAUAUUUAUCCUACGAGUAAGGAAUGCUGCGUGAAGGAGGGGGAAUCAUAGAAUAAUAAUAUGAAGCCUCUGAUAUCCCAGACUCAGCCAGUCACACUUUGGAAAUAUUGUCUUCGUAUUGUAAUAGAUAAUGGUAUAAUAAUCAGACUUAACAUGAUGAAAUAUAGACAAUUUUGAAAACAGAUAAAAAACAAAAUUAAUUUAUAUGUUAUAGGGAAAACUAUGUAUGACUAUGUAAGAUUAGUUGUAUUCCAAAGUUGAAGGAUAAUGACCAGAAAAAAACUAUUGGUAUGAGAAGAUUUUGAAACAUCUAAUUCGUUAAAAUAAUGUGAAUAAAUAAGUUGACAUUAAAGAACAAAGAGAUUAUGUAAAUGAAAAUGGUAAUUGGCAACAAGUGGAAUACAACGAUAGGAUAAAAAUUAAACAUACCGACGACUAAGAAAUGUGAACUAAACCUAAGAGAAGUAAAAUUAAUGUUAAAUCACAAUUACAAAUGUUAGAAAUGAUAAAUAAAAUAAACUUAUGUCAUAAUUGGAAUUAAACAUCAAGAAGAUACUGCCUCUACUUCUUGUAUGAUUGAAGUAAAAAUCUUGGUAAAGUAAAGAGUUAGUCGUCUCCUGUGAUGCCUAAAACGUUAUCACUUAUUACAUCUCCUUAUGAAUGUCUUUUGCUGUUGGAAUAUUUUAUGGUAUCGGGUCUUAUUCUAUGAUCCUUUAACAGAAUGUAGGGGAGAACUAUAUAAAAAAUAAUAUUAUUAAUUACCUCAUGAUUAUGCAAACAUGGUCGUGAUAGGAUAGUCAAUAAGGCUUUUGACUUAUGCUUUUAUAACUUUUAUAUAUAUAUGUAAACUUAAUGAAGUUUUAUGUAAGCAGUCGAUGAUAUUUACUUUUGUAUACUUCCACUUAGAUAUAAAUACUCAAUGACUUACGUGUAUUUAAAGGACUUACUGAUAUGUUUGUGUUUGUGUUAUUUAAUGGAUCUCUUAUUUUAAGUGAUCAACUAUGGUUAUGUAAUAAUAAUAAUUUCAACAACAUUUCAGUGUCGAGAUAAGUCUUAAUUGAACUGUAUAAUUCGUGAUGAUUUCAACAUUAUCUCUCUUCUCUUUCAACUUCCCCAAAUAACAUGUACAGUAGACAGAACAAGUAGCGUCUCUGUGUGUAAUUUUCCCGAGGGGUUAACGUCACCUCAUGUAAUGACAUUGUGAAUGAGGUAUACUUGAUUAUAGUUGUGUGUAUAAUUAUGGUAGUAUUCUUGUAUAAUUGAAAUGUAUUCUAUGCCAAAAAAUAAUCCAAAGCUAUUACGUAAAAUA